AUGCUCGGUGUUCUGGGCUUCAAAGUUUCUCUUUGUUUUGCGUAUCUUAGACUCGUUGAGAAGAGGAGGGUGUACAGGCGAAUUACAUGGGCCGUUCUCAUCACUUGUACGCUGGCGCACAUUGGUGGGACACUGGUGUUGAUGUUUCAAUGCAAUCCUGUCUACAAAUCAUGGUCGCCACGAACUCCUGGGAAAUGCCUUCGUAAUGAUAUUACUUUUUACACUCUCGCCGCUAUAACAAUUUUCUACGACCUCUGUGUAAUCAUCCUCCCAAUCCCCCUUUUCCUACGGACCCUCAUCACGAACCGCAAAAAGGCCGUCCUAAUCAUCCUUUUCGCCCUCUUCGGCUUCACCACCGUGUGCUCGGUGAUGCGGAUGGUGCAAAUUCUCACCAUCGCCAAGAACGGUAAUAGUACAAUGCUUGUCCUCUGGGGAACCAUAGAGAUGAACGUUGGGAUAACAACAACCUGCAUACCGACGCUGUCUCCUCUAUUCAAGUUCUUCCAGGAAAGGACUUCUGCGAAGGCCUCUUCGGGAUACACUUCCGGCGCGAGCAAGGCCUCACGUAAGAAGAAUAUCGAGUUGACCUUCAUGGGGCAAUUGCCAAGAGAAACAUCAGCCUACGUAACGAGCUCUCGGCGGAGCAACAGUGAGGAGAGGAUUUUGGGAGCUGGGGAGGAAAGCGGGAUUGGUGUGAAGACGGAUAUCCAAGUGGAGGUUUCGAGCGCGCAUUCUCAGGGUAGUCAGUCUUGA